CAAAAGUGCACCUUCUUCAGAUAUUAAACCCAUUUCAUUUUAAUUUUCAUUUUCACAACAAACAAACGAAGAAAGAAACAAUGAAGUUAGUGUUGUUAACAGCAUUACUGGUGUUCAUGGUUUCGCAGUGUUGUGAUAUUCUGAGGGUUUCAGCUGAUAUUGGGACCGCCACAUCUUACGAUCCUCCAUACUUGCCAACGAGGUGUGGAGGAUACAGCCAAGAUCAAUUCCCAGAAGAUGGAUACUUUGCUGGCACCAGUGAUGGUUUAUGGGACAACGGUGCCGCCUGUGGUCGGAGAUACCGCAUACGCUGCAUUAGCGGCCUCAAGCGACCCUGCAAAGAUGGAUCCAUUGUUGUUCAAGUCGUUGAUUUUUGCAAAAACAGUCCGUGCCCAAGUACUCUACUUCUUUCAAACAAAGCCUUCAAUGCCAUCUCCAGAUUUCCCAAUGCCAAGAUCAAUGUUGAAUAUGCACAGGUUUGAUAGUAAUUAAAGCAUUUAUUUGCACAACUCGAAUCCUCUACAUUGGAAAUCUCAUCGGAAGAUGAAUGGUUAUGAAAUAGCUGAUAGUAUCCCUUGUUGGAUAUGCAUUGCUUCUAGUUGUUUGGUUCCAUAAAAUAAAGAUUGGAAUGUAACGACCAUUCCGUCAAAAUACUCAUCCUCAUGUUUCAUUUGAUAAAGAAGAACGAAAUGUAUAUUGAUGUAAUCACCAUUAAUCAAUUUAGAAUAAUGAUAAUUUCAAUAAGAGGUCAAAAAAUUAAUCAUUAUAUUCCUGCUUAAAAUUGCUAAUUCUUCUUUUUCAUUUUAUUACUGUU